AUGCCAAAGACCAAAGCAAUUCCCGACUCUCUUGCGGAGGAUCGCCAGCGCACCCAAACCGCACCCAAACUGCCUAGAACCCAAGAGGUCGUGAAUGGCCCGAUGGUCUCGACACCAGCCCCAGCAACGGCUGGUGACGGUGACAACAUGACAGUCAUCAACAGCGACGGGACUACCACCACCUACACCGCCUCUGGAAAGCUGCUCGACGGCGAACAACAAAGGCCCAGCGAAGCGACCAAGGCAGUCACCGACAGCGACAGGGUAACCGCCAAGGGAUCAGUCAACGUUCGUUCUAAGAAGACGGAAAGGAUGAAGCGCAAGCUCGAGAAGAAGAAGGCCAAGUCGGCAGGCCACCAGCCAACUCAUCUCCUUGAUCUCCCGAAUGAGAUCCUCUUCAACAUAUUUAUCCAAAUGCGUCCCAGUGAAGUCUUGGGCACUCUCCACAUCUGCAGGGCAUUUCACGAUCUGGUCCAGCACAACGAGGCCCUACUCUCCCGCCACAUCGUCUCAGCGAGAUACCCCGUCCUCGCAAAAUGCUUUAGGCUGCCCGUCAGCCUCGACGACAUUGACCCAAAGCUCCAUGUCGUCCUGCAGUACGAGACCAGAAUCCAGAUGCUCGGCAUCCACCGACGAUACCAACAUAUACCCCAGCCUGACCCCUUCACUGCCUGCACGUGCCUGACCUGCGUUCUACGAUGGCAAGCUCUCUUCACCAUCAUCGAUUUCAAUUACUGGCAGGAAAACCUGGCUUCUGGAAAGCCAAUUCCCGUCAUCCCCCGCGACCAAAUCCCCGAGUGGAACAAGACGCUCAAGGAGCGGACGGCCAGGAUUGUUCUGAGGGCGCUCAAGUCCCCACUCAUACACGCCCGCAUUCUCGAGAUGCACCUCGUGAAUACGUGUGCGGCCAUCAAGCGGCAGACCGAGAAUAGGGGUAACCGACGCCGUCACUUUACCAUGACCCAGGCAGAUGAGGACUCUGGCACCGACAGCUUUCUCGAACAGGAGGGACCCUCUACAGCCGACAUGCCCUUCCAGCGGGACGGCUACGACCUGCUCGAGGUCUACCUCCCUACCCGAACCUGGCUUAAGAAUGAAACCAGGUGGGCGUACAUGCCAGCCGACAUCCACGACAGAGACUUGGCAUGGGCUGCAACGAGGUGGAAUCCCGUGUUCGCAGCCGAGCCAAUCCCGAAAGAUAGCGACGUCUAG